CAUUGUCAUCAAUGGUUAAGUCGUACGUAAAAACAUUGAACACUCCUGGAGCUGUGCCAUCGAUAAGUGGAGCCUGGGAACAGUACAUUGGCAGAGAGGGACAUACCAUAUACCAGAUAGCAAAUGCUGUCUACUUCAAUGAAAUGAAAGAGAGGCUGGAUAAGAGGUUGCCAUGUGAUUCCAGACAAAUACUCGAUGACCAUACCAUGAUUUUACAGCAUGUCAUGGUCAACGUGUUUGAAGUCACAGUCGAAAGUAAAGGGAUGUCAGCAGAUCAGCUUGCUAAAUAUGCCGAAGAAUUCCAGGCUGAAGCUGAGGAUAUUGAAAGCAGUUGGCUUCAAAAGAACAACAUAUUAACAGAAAACAACUGCGAAACUGUUUUCAAAGAAGUAAAAAGCAAAAUUUUAACUCCAGCGAAGGAAAUUUGGAAAGAGUUUGAAAACCAGGGGGAGGCUGAAAUGAGAAUUAGAAAUGCUUAUGAAUCAGUCAUCAGUGAAUUUAACAGACGUUGUCGUGGUUGUAAGGAGAUAAUAGACAACCUUUCAGUAUUAUAUAAAGAGGAACUUGAUAAAGAAAUGCGUCAUGAUAUUGGGAUUGUUCGUCAACUCGGAGAUAAAAAGGAUGAAACUUAUGCUCGUCAACUCGAGCGAGAGGAGAUUAAAGAACUGGAAGAGUCCCUGAAGGCCAUGAAUAUUGUUUUGAAAGAGGACAUUGAAGAUAUUGACAAACAGAUGAGAGAAAGUCAAUCCCAGCAUCUUUCUGAUGUCAAAGAAAUGGGAAAACAAGCYGAAGAGAAUUUAUCGAGACAAAGACAGCGACUGGAAACAAUUCUUCGACAAAAUGAAGACAUAGCMAGACGACAAAUAGGAGAAAUAGAAGAAAAUACACAAAAACUUGAAAGGCGGCGAGAAGAACUGCAAGAAGCUUUGAAGAAAAGCGAGGAAACCUUAAAGAAGUUMAGGCAAGGCUGAUCAGUUGAACACUACAUAAAAACAUGAAUUAUUCAUCUUAAUGAGAAGAAAAAUCUUUGAUCAUUUAUUUUCCUUAAUUUCGGCUAUAUAUAUAAACGUUAUGAUACUUGAAGUACAGUAAUAUAAUUAUAAUAGUCGUGAUAAAACAUAGUAUAUUAGCGAGUAUUUCACCAUAACAAUCAAUGGUUUACCACUUUCUACCAUAACUGAACAAUAUCAAUCUCUUKGGGAUCAAGAGGUUGAGAUUAUCAUUUUGUUCGGCCAACAAGGGAAGAAGUUGCUCCAARUUCACAUGAGAAUAUUAUAGCCAAUGUAGGAAACAUGCGUAAUGAUCUAAAUUUAUCAUAUAUUGUCAAGAUAUAUUUUGUGUAUGUGUGUCCAUAGUGCAGAGAAAUAUGCCUAUAACUA